AUGCCCGACAAUCAAAUCCAGGCAAAUUUCCUCAGUCAUCGCGAGAAGCUCAUAGCUGUUGAUCGCAUUAGGGGUAAUUUCCAGGGAAUCGGAAGUCAGACAUGGAAAUGGGCACAUUUCUUUGAAGCCUUUCGGGACGCGCGCACCUAUCUCUAUGUGCUGUUCUCGCUACUAAUGAAUAUUCCAAAUGGGGGUAUAACCACAUUCGGCUCUCUCAUUAUCAGCUCUUUUGGCUUCUCCGAUCGCAUGUCCCUCAUGCUUAAUAUGCCAAUGGGUCUUGUUGAUAUUACCUGCAAGUUGGGAUUGACAUACCUUUCUGACAAAUAUCUUGACCGAACUAUCUUUGCCGUUAUUGCCAUUUUGAUACCCAUGGUCGGCGGAAUUUUGAUGAUUGUCCUCCCUCUUCAUGCCAAAGCUGGACUAUUGAUCGGCUAUUAUCUUAUCGGCGCUGCUGGAACUUCGUGGUGUUUGAUUAUGGUGAUGAUCUCUAACAAUACACUGGGCUACACCAAGAAAGCAACCGUGAACGGUCUACAGAUACUGGCAUAUGCUGUCGGAAACUGGAUUGGACCGCAGACUUUCCGCUCGGAUCAAGCCCCUGAGUAUUUCGAUGGCAAGUUGAUGGUCGCUGUCAUGUACGCUCUGGCAGCGGUGACCUUGCUGUUAAUCCGUCUGAUUAAUGUUAUGGAGAAUAAGCGACGUGACCGGCAGGCGCUUACUGAUCCAGACGCUGCGAACGCUGCUGUUGGUAGUGAGUUCUUAGACUUAACCGAUUUUGAGCAGCCGGCCUUCCGUUAUGUGCUCUAA